AUGAGGUUACGUGCGAUGCUCUCAGUGGUAAUUGGAUUAGUAAUUGCAUUCGUUCCUUCAGUGGACUCGAUUCUCUACGUUCAACAAAAUGAAUAUCGUUUCUAUGAUCAAUUGGAUGGAUUGUGGACAUUUGUUCGUGAACCGUCGAAUUCAAUCGGAAUUGGUUUGUUGAGGGAGUGGCACCUCUUCGAUUUGUCGAAAUUUAACAAUGCAACAGUGAUGCCAGUGCCAGCAGCGUACAAUGAUUUGGGAGCCGAUGCAGAGACUCGAGAUCAUGUCGGAUGGGUUUGGUAUCAAACAAAAAUUUGGACGAGUGAGCGAGAUUCUGCUUAUCGACACUUUUUACGAUUUUCGAGUGUACAAUACUACGCGAUCGUGUUCGUCAACAAUAAACUGAUCGGUUCACAUGAAGGAGGACAUUUACCGUUCGAGUUUGAAGUGACGAAAACACUGUUACUGGGUCGUGAGAAUCGCAUAACGGUUGCAGUCAAUAACACGUUGUCGCAUGAGACGAUACCACCCGGGGAAUUUGUUUAUUUGCAACGACAACGACGUGGAUUCAAGCAGUACCCUGACGGGUUUUUCAAGCAAAUACCCGACUUUGAUUUCUUCAACUAUGCGGGUAUUUUGCGUCCGGUUUAUCUGACAAAGAAACCGGCCACUUUUAUUCAAGACAUUGUUAUUGAAGCGUUUGCCGAUGGAACACUCUUGUAUGACAUCAAAACGAAUUCACCGACAAAGCAAUCGAACAGCAUAUCAUCCAACAGUCAAGAGGUGGUAGUGGCUACGAUGUAUGAUGAAAACGAUCAAGUGAUAUUCAUCACGAGAGGAGUGCAUUUCCGAGGUCGAAUCGAGGGCAUUCGACUGUGGUGGCCACGAGGAAUGGGCGAUCCUAUCCUCUAUCUGCUUGAGGUGCGUAUUCUAACCGAUGGCACUGCAACGGAUGCAUAUCGCAUAAAAUUCGGUUUUCGCACAGUCUCAUUUACGAACGAUCAGUUGUUCAUCAACGGGAAACCGUUCUAUUGCCGAGGAUUUGGGAUGCACGAGGAUUUCGAGUUGAUCGGUCGUGGAUACAGCGCAGUGGUGAUGACAAAAGAUUUCAAUAUGCUGGAGUGGAUGAAUGCAAAUUGCUAUCGUACUUCACAUUAUCCGUACAGUGAGGAAAGGGCACUGGAAGCGGAUCGGCGGGGAUUUGCGGUCAUUACAGAGACACCUGGUGUGGGAUUGUUGUGA